AUGUCAAGACCUCCAUCCGCGACAGACAAUACCUGGUCAGGACCCCUGGUGACACCUGAUGCAUCUGCCCAAUAUGAUUGCUCUGAAGGGCCCGACCUCCCGCGCGACCAGCAGCGGCGCCACAACGAUACUCGGAGCCAGCUCAUACAUCAAGAUGCCCAGCAAGCUCCUUCUCCAUCCCGCGCAGAAUCUCCCACGGCUCAUCAAUGGGCUAAGCCCGCCUCUACCUUUCCUCUAAAACGGCCCACUGCAGCCCCCGUGGAAAGGCUGUCCCGUCCCGACCGCUCUCAUAGCCCACAGUUGUCAGAGAGAGAUAGCAUCUUCGCAACUCAUUAUCUGCCUUCCGAGACCGACCCUAGCACCACCCCGCGAUUAUCGCCUUCAGAAGAUACAAAUCAUGAACCACCUGCAAGUCUGACUCCUCUGCUUGAGGAUGUGUCUGCUUUUGCUUCUUCGGAUUCUCCUCACAAGGUCAUUCCCCGCUCUAAUCGCGUCGGCACCUCCCACAUGGAAGUUGACGUCCGCAGGAAGCAUCCGCUAGACACUCCUUCUUUGCUUCCGCCGGGGGUCCCGCAUUCUACCCCUCUGCUCCCGGUAGACUCGGACACCAUUGUGGACGAGCAAUCGGGGUUGGCACAUCGGAGUGCCCCAUUUUCUGCAUGGGAGAGCUUGCAACCCCUUAGAAAAGUUUCUUCUGAUGGUGCUGCUAACAAGCCGGCUGCGUUGGCGGAUCAUCUAGCCCAUCGCAGUCUUUUGUCAGCCUCCCUUCAUGAUGCGCCAUUGCCGCCAUUGCCACCCUUACACUCCUCUGUCUCUUCGCCUGGCGUGCACUCUCCUGUAACCAGUGUCGACACAGCCCACCAUGCCUGGUCGAUGUCGCAACCACAUGAGGGCACACGUGAGAACAGACCGGAACGAAGUUCGAGUCGUAGCCGGCGUGGCAGAGUCGAGCAAUCAAUUGAAGCCAACCUGGCAAAUGCGGAACCCGCCUCCCAUGUGCGCAGCCGUAAGUCGAGUCACUACUUAGGCUUGUUCAAGGAAAACACUACCUCUCCUGAUCGUAAAAGAAGAGAGGAACGCGCCGGCAGACACGAUGAUUCCACAGAGCCGAAUGAUCCACACCAUCGGGUCACUCAUUCGGAGCCUCGCUUUGCCCUGGAGCAUUGUGACUCCCCACUGGAGGCUUCAUUCCCGUUUGACGAAGGGGAACUCAGAAACACCAAGAGUUUGUCACAGCUAUCGCUCGCUGAUGCUCCACUGAUCUUGCCAAGUAUAGAAAGUGAUAUAAGUCAGAUGAGGCACGGGGACAACGUCAAGAAAUCAAAGCCUCGGGCUCUACCCCGAAGCCUUCUAGAGGAGAUCCGCAACUUUCACCUCACACCCGGCGGAGCCCGUGGCACUUCCUUUUCACGGAGUAUCCCUACCCAAUUCGCUGAGAGGGGGCGAGACUAUUUCUCCAAAGACCAUGCAAGCCAAGGCAUUCUGGGUUCUCACCUGUCCGGAUCUGACUCGGACCGGGAACAGCGUCGUCCUUUGGAAGAGGAAGAGGAUGAACAAAUAUCCUCUGCCGUCUAUUUCCCUCAUGAGCGUGUCACGAUAGCAGAAGAGGUCGAUUCCAUCCCGCCGUAUGCGGACACUGAACAUGGUGGGGCUCCAAUCGAUAUCUCGACUGCGCAGAACGGCCACGUUCGGAUGCCAAAGAGACAUGUUUCUGAUGACCUGGAAGGUAAUCAUGUGGACAUAUCUCUUCGUUCUAAAAAUGAUAGUAGAAUCCUCCACGGCGACCUACAGGGCAUGCAGAGUGCUCCAAUAGAAGAACUUAAUGAAGAGCCUCAUGCUUCCAUUCCCGAGCGCACCACUGAUUAUUAUUCGACAUGCGAAUCUGAGUUUGCAUCCGCUGACGAUAGUGGGAUGUCUGUUCGGGACGAGGAAUCGAGCUUGACAGACGAAGCUGAUGUCACGCCCACUGCCACCCCAACCCAGGGCCCGAGGUUUCCUCGUGCGCGGCGCAAGCAUAGUAACGCCGCACCUCUCGGCGCAGUGGAGCUCAAACCCUAUCGUCAUCAAGUGGGUGGCCAUACGACCGUAUUUCGAUUUUCUAGACGGGCUGUAUGCAAACAGCUCAACAACAGGGAGAAUGAAUUCUACGAGCGCAUUGAGCGCCGACACCCCGAAAUGCUGAUAUACAUUGGCGUUCUCAAUGUCACUUUCUCAAAGACACCAAAGCGACCCAAGGAUCCGACUAAAACCAACGGAGAACACAGAGACACCAACCAUACUGCGAGCAAUUCUAACCCUGCUGACAACAAAGACUCAACGGCUGCAAAUAGCUCAUGCCCCUCUAAGGACACCAGUCAGCCACGUAUCUUCAGUCAGAAGCAGGUCACUGGCAUCAUACCGCAAGUGAUACUGGAAAACAACAGACAUAUUAUUCCAGCAGAUCUAUUCUCUCAUUGUCAGCGUCCAAGGACUGCCGAUGGGUCGAUGACGCAGCGACGCUUCUCGACCGGAAUUGAAUCCAUGUCAAGCCGACAAAACGGACAUGAAUGCUUGGCUGAUGGUCCACUAUCUCCCCAGGUGCUUAAAAAGAAGCAGUGGGGCGCGACAACUGUCAACAGACAGUUGCAAGAGCAAGUACUCCGUGAAGUCUUCAGUCCCCCUGCUGUGCACCAUCACCGACGCCACGCACGUGGUCAUCUGAACCUGCCAAGGACAUCAUCAGACGGCAUUCGCCGUAGAGUUAAUCUCUCUGAAGACCGAACUUUGAGUCGUCGUACUGCUUCUGUUGAAGACGCGCCGACGCUCGCUGCUGGCAUCGACAUUGCAAAGCAGACAACUGACGGGCCGGGGCUGUCUUCAUCGGCAUCUACGGCCUUGGAUGCAGGCCACAGUCGACUUGAGAAGGUCCGAACUGAAGAGUCCCCCCCCCGUGCUAGUUCACUUUCGCGAAGUCGGCCCAUGAGGCGCCGCCGUUCAGGGAGCGGAUUGCAGAGACGGGGCAGCUUAGGCUCUGGAGAAGGUGGAGGCGAGCUGCUGUUUUAUGACGACGAUGGGUACGGAGGCGACAAGGAAGACGGUGUCUUCCCAAUGGAGGGCGAUGUAUCCGUCAAAUCGCCAUCAGGACGUCGAAUGACUGACCAAUUCGGACCGCCUCUCCCCAACCCCAAGACUGCUGUUGCCGCCAAGCCCGCCGACCAGACCUUGAUUGAACCUUCGGAAGAGGGCUCUAGGCAUGAUGAUCACGUACUGCUCCCAUCCAAUCCCAAAGAAGCGCAGACACGGAAGGAUGACAGGGUUCAAUUUUUCCUGUUGCUGGAGGAUUUGACAGCCGGCAUGAACAAGCCUUGCGUCCUCGAUCUAAAGAUGGGAACGCGUCAGUACGGCAUUGAGGCUGAUGAGAAAAAGCGUAAAUCUCAACGACGCAAGUGCCAGUCAACAACUUCCCAGCAGCUAGGUGUCCGUUUGUGUGGUAUGCAAACGUGGAAUGUGAAGAAACAAGAGUACUCAUUCGAGGACAAAUACUUUGGUCGCGAUCUAAAGGCUGGGCGUGAAUUCCAGGAUGCUCUUACCCGAUUUCUUUACGAUGGUGCUAGUCAGCGAAGCGUGACAAAGAAGAUUCCUGUCAUCCUUGAGAAAUUGGCACGACUGGAGAACAUGAUCAGAAGGCUCAAGCGUUAUCGCCUGUAUGCCAGCAGCCUUCUGAUCCUCUACGAUGGUGACCCAAAGCCGACAGAUGGAGCUACCCAAGUCAAUGGUCGGUCAGGGUCCGGCACCAUGCGAGAUAACUUGCAACGUCGGAGCUCUGAUGAUGGCUAUCUAGAUGUGCAGCUGAAAAUCGUGGACUUCGCAAACUGUGUCACAGGCGAGGACGAGAUUUCUCCCGACGCUCCUUGUCCGCCCCAGCAUCCCGACGAUAUUGAUCGUGGUUACUUACGCGGUCUUCGGACUCUACGAAUGUACUUUCAACGGAUCUUGAAAGAAGUCAGCCACGAUGACUACAUAGAAAGAGGCGAGGGUGAGGCUAUUGCUCUCGGAUCUCGACACUCGGACCAAGACGAAUCAUCGGAGCGGUUUUGGGACGAAAACGUCAUGGAGAGUGAUCCCGGCGAGGUCAGCUUUUAG